GUAAUAGAAGGUAAUAAAAUGGAUGCAAGUAACUUAGCUACGCUAUUUGCACCAAAUAUCCUCCAUAAGCCUAUUAAAGAACUUAGUUCCAAUGAUUUAAGCGAAGAAAUGACGAUGGAGAGAAGAUUAGCGAUUGACGUAGUAACAGCUCUAAUUGUAAAUUACGAAUAUUUAUUUAAGGUACCAGCUGACCUCCUCGAUGAAGUAUAUGUCCAUAUGCUUGAUACAAAUCCUGAAGGUCUAGACAAAGUGAUGAGAUUACGAUAUUCAAACGUCGAGAAAACUAUCCAGUAAUUUUAAUACUGUUGUGUGCGUUAUUGUUUA